GAGAGGGAGCCGAGAGCGAGAGGAGCCGGGCUGUGAUGCGUGUAUCGGGGGCUCUUGCUGGCUGAACAACAACUUCUCGAUGGGGAUAAAAAACCUCCCGGUCACAUUUAGUUGAUUUAUCCCUUUAGGCGUGUUUGUCUUGUGCGCGUGCGUGCCGCGAGGACCACUGAGAAAUUAUGCUCGAGCGCGAAUGACAAUAUCGCCCCGCGAAAAAAAGAAAAUAUUCGGAGGAGCCCCCCCCCCCCCCUAAACUUUGGAGCCGUGUGGACGUCGAGCAAGUUUUUUAUUUUAUUUUUUUGGACUUGAAUUAAACAUUGAAGUCUUUUUUUUUAAAAGCCCGUGCGUGAGAAUGGAGAGCGAAAAGUACUUGCCGGAGCUUAUGGCAGAGAAGGACACGCUGGAUCCGUCUUUUCAGCACUCCCUGCGGCUGCUGGAUCAAGAGAUUGAGAAGGUCCAGAAAGACGAGGACAAGCUCCUGAAAGACGAGGACAAGGACGAGGAGAAGUUCAUCGACGUCGUCAUCAACAAGAACAUGAAACUGGGCCAGAAAAUCUUAAUACCAGUCAAGCAGUUUCCGAAAUUUAACUUUGUGGGCAAACUCCUCGGGCCGCGCGGGAACUCGUUAAAGCGGCUACAGGAGGACACGCUCACCAAGAUGUCGAUUCUCGGGAAAGGAUCCAUGAGAGACAAAGAAAAGGAAGAAGAGCUGCGGCAGAGCGCCGAGGCCAAGUACCAGCACCUGAACGAAGACCUGCACGUCCUCAUCGAGGUGUUCGCCCCGCCGGCCGAGGCCUACGCCAGGAUGGGCCACGCCCUGGAGGAGAUCAAGAAGUUCCUGAUCCCCGAUUACAACGAUGAGAUCAGACAGGCCCAGCUGCAGGAGCUCACCUACCUGAACGGCGGCUCGGAGGACGCCAAGGUGCCGUCGGCGAGGGGCAAGGCCGCCGCCCGGGGGAGGGGGACGCCGGCUCCAGGGCCGCCCAGGCCCCGAGGAGGAGUUCCCCCACUGCAUGCGGUGGUGCCCCGGGGAGCGGCACCCAGAGGGGCCCCGCCCAUCCGGGCUCCGUCUUCCAGAGGGAGGGGCGUUCAGAGAGCCAGAGGUGCCCCGCCAACCGCCGGGUACCGGCCGGCUCCUCCCGUAGUUCAGGACACGUACGGCGAAUAUGAAUACGACGAAGACUACGGAAAGACAUACGACGACCAAGGGUACGAAUCGUACGACAACAACUACAGCAAUCAAGGACAGAACUCGGAUGACUACUACGAAUACGGACAGAGCGAGGAGUCGUACGAUUCGUACGGCCUGGAAGAGUGGCCGAACAGUCGCGCCAAGGCACCGCCGGCACGGUCGACCAAGGGAGUGUACAGAGAUCAGCCGUACACCAGAUAUUGAACUGUUUCAUACAACCUGCACCCUCGAGUCCCCCGUGGCCGUUUCAACCCAAGUAAUGGAUUUUUUAUGGACGCUCCCCCCCUCUCCCUCUCCCCCCUUUUUUUAGAAUCUAAAAAAAUUAAUACUAAAAAAGAAACGGUGACAGCGAGCUGCUGAAUGAGUAGAAAAAUUGUUUUAAAAAAAUGGCACAUCCCCCCCCCCCCCCUGAUUAUUAAAAAAAAAAACAGGGUCCCACUGGGUAAAGAAAACGUGACGCAAUAUCGUCUCCUACAGGAGAAACCGACUGGACCGUAAAGCCUCCAUAGUACAUUAAGUUUCUCUCAGCUAUGUGAUGUGAAGAAUGGCUAUUUCACUCGGUAUUGAUCGGUGGUCCACUAUCGGCUGUCGAUACAACAUUUCUACACAGCUGCCGGCGCAACUUAAAUGUAUUACCCCCUCUAUUCUUCAAAUCUGCGUGGUUGAUCACUUUAAAAUUGUAGUAGCUUAGUUCUAGGGAAGUGCAGUACUGUAGAUAUUCUUUUACCGGAGGGGUAACCGGUGGAAUCGUGUCCUCUUUUGUAAAUGAAACAUUUACAAAAAAAAGACAAAAAUCAUACUGUAUACAUAAUGCUUUGCUGUUUCCUCCUUUUUGUAAAAAAAAUUAGAGUUAUUUAGGUGUUAAAGGGCUUAUAAAAGCAUCGUGUGCAUCUGUGGAUAUUGUCAGCUGUUUUAUUCUGAAAAGCACAUUUUAGUGGUUCAUGAUUACGCCCCCAAGAAAACCCAAUUAAAUACAUAUAUAAAUAGUCGCCCACAUUUACACCGACAUAUAUAAAUAACCAGACGCAGCAAAAACAGUCCACAGGCUUUUUUGUCAUUUUUGUGAUUUCUUUAUUUUAAAGAUGCAAAUAAGUCAUUUUUUGUGUAAUUUCUUUAAUUUAAUACAUGAUUAAAUACAUUUCCAAAAUGCUAAAUCCAAUGCUGGUGAAUUUGUAGGAAUUUCCAUCUCGAGAUUUGUUCAACGCUGAUGAAUUCUAUAACUUAUGUAAGCCCUUUAAUAUUUGUUUCUUCUCUGUUGAUGCUCAAUAAAUAUUUUCAAAGAAA